AAAAAAAAAAUACUGCAGAAGUAGCAGCGUUUUUAUUACCGAGCAGGCCAAAAUAACAGCGGAGACGGAAGAGGCAUAGAGUGAAAGCGUGAAAGAGAAAAGCCGAAAGAUGUCGUUGGUGGACUACCCAUCUUCAGACGACGAAGUACCGGAGGAGGAGGAGGUUAGGGAAAACAAGGAAAACGAGCCACAACAACAAGUUCCCAGAGACAUUCCGGGUCUUCCGACUCGUCCUCACACCCAAUCAGUUGUUUUAUCACACCAGCAGCCGGAAAGUUCUGCCCGUUCAUCAGCUCCUUCAAUCCAGCAACUUCCUGAUGCUUCGCUGCUCUUGAAUUCUCCUGUUUUCUCAUCCAAUAUGGUGAGUGGCAGCGACCACUCUUCUCGUGUUGCAGCUGCAAUGGCUGAGAGUUCAUCACGUAAGAGAGAGUUGAAUGCAUUUGCUUCCUCUGUUCCCCGCACUAAAGUUCCCAGAGGUAGCUUGCCUCAUUCCAAGAAUGUUCCAGAUACAGUUGGUGGUCUGCUGGUUCCGCCUCAGCUUAGUGGAAGAAAACUACGAGGCCUGAGCUUCUCUUGCCAAGAAGAUGUUCUUCUCACACAGGGAUGGCUUGCAACCAACAUGGAUGUCGUGCACAUAAAAGGUCAAUCAAAGACUACUUAUUGGGGGCGAGUGACGGAUUAUUUUCACAGCUACAAAACAUUUGCAAGUGAUCGAGAGGAGAGGUCACUACUACAACGGUGGUCAGCUAUUCAACAAGCAACCAAGAAGUUUUGUGAGUAUGUUACUCAAGUGGAAGAGAAGCACAAAUACGGCGUGAAUGGGCAAGAUAAGUUUUUAUGCGAAACAGUUAUACGAAAAAUUGGAAAAGAAAAAAUUUCCUUUUGAUCAUUGUUGGAAGCUGUUGAAGGAUGCGCCAAAGUGGUUGGAUGAUAUGCGGAAGCCCAGGAAAAAACCAACAAAUAGAGGAAAAGGUACAAGUCUCGCUCCUGAAUUCUCUUCUCCUUCUACUUCAGAGAGUUUGAUAGGUCUUGUAGAGGACGACGUCCCAAAUACUGAAUCUGGGAACACAGAGAGGAAGAAUGUCCCAAAUACUGAAUUUCGGAAAAAGGAGAGACUGCAAAUAAGGAAGGAUGCCCCAGAUGGUAAUUCUGGGAACAGGGAGAGACUACUUAUUGGGAAUGAUGCCCUGAAUAGUGAUGUUUGGAACAGGGAGACACCACCGAAAAGGAUGGACAUCCCAAACACUGGUAUUGGGGAUAUGGACGUCCUAGUUACUGAUUUUGGGAAUACGGAGAGACCACCCAUGAGGAAGGAUAUCCCGAAUACUGAUUUUGGGAGCAUGGAGAGACCACCAAUAAGGACAGACGUCCAAAACACUGAUUUGGAGAACAUGGAUGCCUCAAUUACUGAUGUUGAGAACAUGGAGAGACCGCCAUUAAGGAAGGGCAUCCCAAAUACUGAUUCUGGAAACAUGGAGAGACCAACGACAAUGAUGGACGUCCUAGAUGCUGAUUUUGGGAGCAUGGAGAGACCACCAGUAAGGCUGGUUGAGAAACAAAAGAUCGAAGAAAACCAAAAGAAUGACGAUGCAAAUAAGCAAGCCGUGGAUCUCCUACACAUGAUGGAGGAAUGGAGAGACCAAGUUAAUGAAGAGAAAAGGCAAUAUCGGUUAGAGAAAUUAGAGAUGCUUAGGAGAGGCUUGAGAUGGAUAAGGAGAGGCUUGAGAUGGAUAAAGAGAGGCUUCGACUCGACCGUGAGGACAAAGAGGAGAGAAUAAUGUUGAUGGAUACAAGUAUAAUGCCUCAUCAGCUUCAACAAUACUAUCAUCGACGUCGAAUGGAAAUUCUUGCUAGAGGAAUGGGUGGUGUCUGAAGAUUACUUGUUGCUUUGUAAUUAUUUGCUAUCUCAGCGCACCUUCUUUUUUCCUUUGAUAGUCAAAACUAGCGUUAUAUUUA